GUUUCAAUUCGACAAAUAUCCAUCUGACUCAGUCGGUCGGCCGCCCCUCAAACCAAGAAAUUUCAACUAUGGAAACUUCGGCCGCUCCUUCAGGCUUAAAAAAAGGAAUCUUUACUUGCCCAAAAAACAAAAAGAAAUCUUUGAAUAUUAGUACUAGCAAAGUACCAUAAAUAGCCGAUGUUUACUUAUGUUUCUGCACACAAAACCAGAUAACAAAGAGUCAUGAAGAUGAUUAGCCCAAAGGCUUCUUGGCUUUCACUUAGCUUCGUUUUUCUCUUGCCAAUCUUAUCAUCAUCAGCCUCAUCAGCUGAUACCACUACUCAAGGUUUUUUUCAAUGUCUCUCUACUAAGAUAAAUAACUCCACUCAGGUUGUUUACACACCUGCAAGCCCUUCCUACUUGUCCAUUUUGCUGUUUUCCAUACAAAACCUAAGAUUCUCUACACCCAGCACUCCAAAACCUUUGGCCAUAAUUACACCAUUGCACGAGUCUCAUGUUCAAGCAGCUAUAUGCUGCUCUCGAACACAUAAUAUAGAGAUAAGAGUUCGCAGUGGUGGACAUGACUAUGAAGGUUUUUCUUAUGUUGCUAAGGUACCAUUUGCCAUCCUUGAUCUAUUUAACUUGCAAUCAGUCAGCGUCAAUUUUGAAGAAAAAACGGUGUGGGUUCAAGCUGGUGCAACUCUAGGGGAGCUUUAUUACAAUAUUCUAAACAAGAGCAGAACCCUUGCCUUUCCAGCAGGUAGUUCCCCUUCCAUUGGUGUUGGUGGCCACAUUAGUGGGGGAGGAUAUGGUGUACUCCUACGCAAAUUUGGUCUUGCUGUUGAUCAUGUUAUUGAUGCUCGAAUAGUUGAUGUCAAUGGUAAAAUUCUUGAUAGAAAAUCCAUGGGGGAAGACGUCUUCUGGGCUAUAAGAGGAGGUGGAGGUGCUAGUUUUGGUGUCAUUUUGGCAUGGAAACUAAACUUAGUUACCGUUCCAGAGAUUGUGACUUUUUGCAGGCUAAAUAGAACAUUGGAAAACAAUGCAACCAAGCUUGUGCAUAAAUGGCAAACUAUAGCCGACAAGGUUGAUGAAAAUCUUUUUAUGAGAGUCUUCCUUAGAGUUGAAAAUUCUGGUCAAGUUGGAGUCAAAACAGUAGACGCUUUGUUCACUACAUCGUUCCUUGGUGGCAUUGAUGGACUACUUUCUUUGAUGGGAAAAGUGUUUCCAGAAUUAGGUUUGGCGAGAGGAAAUUGCCAAGAAGUGAGAUGGAUUGAUGCAUUCCUCUUUUACGAAGGUAUACUUGUCACCUCACUUGAAGAAUUGUUGAACAGGACUUUCAUCUAUAAAGGAAACUUUAAAGUAAAAACAGAUUAUGUGAAAACACCCCUUUCGGAAAGUGCACUUGAAGGACUAUGGGAAAGGUUGAAGGAAGAAGAAGUUGGCGUUCCUUUUCUAGAGUUAAGUCCUUAUGGUGGAAAAAUGAGUGAAAUUUCAGAGUCUGCAACCCCUUUCCCCCACAGAGCCGGAAACAUAUACCAAAUUGAAUACCGGCUGCUUUGGACAGAAGGAGGGGAAAGGCAUAUGAAUUGGCUCCGAAUGCUUUACAAGUAUAUGGCUCCCUAUGUUUCAAAGAAUCCGAGAGAAGCCUAUAUCAAUUAUAGGGAUAUAGAUAUUGGAGUAAAUGACGACAAGACGAGUUACGCAGGAGCAAGUAUUUGGGGUAAGAAAUACUUCAAGAACAAUUUCAAUAGAUUGGUGCAUGCAAAAAGCUUAAUUGAUCCCAAUAAUUUCUUCAAAAAUGAGCAGAGUAUUCCAUCUGUCAUCUAGAGAAUUGAUAAUUUCAAGAUGAAGAAGAGUAUAUGGUAAUUGAGAAAUAUUUCUAAUUUGAUAAAAUUCAAUCAUCUACUAUUAUAUUCAUUUGGCCUUACUGGUAGGUUUCUAUUGAAUCCUAUAGCUAGCCUCCCAUAAGGCCAAGUGAAUUUAACAGUGGGAUAUUGAACUUGAUUAGAAUCUAAAAGAUUCUAUAUUUUGAAUAAGUUGUAAUGCAAAUCAUGUUUUGAAUAAAUUGUACUCUCUUUUGUUAUGUGAUCUAUUUCUGGGAUUAAGAAUUACCAUAUAAUGUUAUUAUCUUUGUUUGGAGAGGGGAGAAGAGAGAGAGGAGUGUUGAAUACAUAAACUAUAUAAGAAUGAGUUGGAGCAAUAUUGUCCAGAAAAAGAAAGGAAAAAGAAAAGGAGCAGAAACAUGGUUUAAGACUGAAUACUUCUCCUGAACUGUGUUACAACAUAUAUGCAAGUGCAGCCAUACAUCUAUUCUAUUUACUACUUUUUGCUUGUACACUCACUCAUGUUCACCUGAAAACACAUAAUAUCCCAAAAAACGAAAGAACAAUACUUAGUUUUAAAUAUAUGGCAUGACAAAAUUAAGGUAGUUCAUUUUCUAAUCUCCAAGAACCUAAAAAGAUUGAAAUUACACCAUAUUACAUAAUACAUAAAUAUAAAGUGAUGCAGCGCAAAGUGCAAGCAUACAAAAAAAUAUGGGAGGAAACAUGAUAGUUGGAAUCCACAAUCCCUUCCAUUAUUUGUAAAUAUAAUGAAGAUAAUUAUGAUUUAUGAUCACAUUUUAUUAUCGUCUAAUUACUACAAAAUACAAAAGACAAUUAGGUCUAAUUUUUUUUUAUAAAAAUAACUGUUUUUUGAAUUUCAUUUGUCCGUCUUAUACAAAUUAGGAGACAACAAUAUUAAUUUAGCACUAUCACCAUCUUAAUCACUAUGUACCCACCCACCCCACUUUCAUUGUCAGCAUAUCACGGAGAUACCAACACCCUCACUACCGUCAAUAA